GGCGCGCCGAGCGGCCCGGCAGGCCGGGCGGGCACCACCACGGUGUCCCUCCGCUAGAGGAGGGGACCAAGCCAAUUCUCCUUUGCAGUAAAAAAAAAUAAAAAAAAUAAAAAAUUACAUGUAUAUAUUACUAAGAUAAUAUAUACAUCUGAUUUUAUUUUUUACAAAAAGUUUAUUUUGCUCCAUUUUUCAAAAAAAAAAGAAGGAGCGUGGGUGGCAGGCGGUUUUUAUAAAUUAUCUUUAUUUUUGGUUAUUUGUCUCUGUCCUUCCCCACCCCCUGCUGAAGCGAAAAUAAGGGCAGGGACCGCGGCUCCUACCUAUCCGUAACCUCCCAUAUCCGUUCCUCCCCCUCCCUAACCCUGAGCAUAGUGCCCUGCACACAGUAGGCGCUCAAUAAAUGUUCGUGGAUGAUGAUGAUGAUGAUGAUGAAAAAAAUGCAACAUCAACGGCAGCACCAAGAGGACCAUGCGAACGAGGCAAACUAUGCAAGAGGCACCAGACUCCCUAUUUCUGGUGAAGGACCAACUUCUCAGCCCAACAGCUCCAAGCAAACUGUCCUAUCUUGGCAAGCUGCAAUCGAUGCUGCUAGACAGGCCAAGGCCGCCCAGACCAUGAGCACCUCUGCACCCCCACCUGUAGGAUCUCUCUCCCAAAGAAAACGUCAGCAAUACGCCAAGAGCAAAAAACAGGGUAACUCGUCUAACAGCCGACCUGCCCGUGCCCUUUUCUGUUUAUCCCUCAAUAACCCCAUCCGAAGAGCCUGCAUUAGUAUAGUGGAAUGGAAACCAUUUGACAUAUUUAUAUUAUUGGCUAUUUUUGCCAAUUGUGUGGCCUUAGCUAUUUACAUCCCAUUCCCUGAAGAUGAUUCUAAUUCAACAAAUCAUAACUUGGAAAAAGUAGAAUAUGCCUUCCUGAUUAUUUUUACAGUGGAGACAUUUCUGAAGAUUAUAGCGUAUGGACUGUUGCUGCAUCCUAAUGCUUACGUUAGGAAUGGAUGGAAUUUACUGGAUUUUGUUAUAGUAAUUGUAGGAUUGUUUAGUGUAAUUCUGGAACAAUUAACCAAAGAAACAGAAGGCGGGAACCACUCUAGUGGCAAAUCAGGAGGCUUUGAUGUCAAAGCCCUCCGUGCCUUCCGAGUGUUAAGACCACUUCGACUUGUAUCAGGAGUGCCCAGUUUACAAGUUGUUCUGAACUCCAUUAUAAAAGCCAUGGUCCCCCUCCUUCACAUAGCCCUUUUGGUAUUAUUUGUAAUUAUCAUCUAUGCUAUUAUAGGAUUGGAACUUUUUAUUGGAAAAAUGCACAAAACAUGUUUUUUUGCUGACUCAGAUAUAGUAGCUGAAGAGGACCCAGCUCCGUGUGCGUUCUCAGGGAAUGGACGCCAGUGCACCGCCAAUGGCACGGAAUGUAGGAGUGGCUGGGUUGGCCCCAAUGGAGGCAUCACUAACUUUGAUAACUUUGCCUUUGCCAUGCUCACUGUGUUCCAGUGCAUUACCAUGGAGGGCUGGACAGAUGUGCUCUACUGGGUUAAUGAUGCGAUAGGAUGGGAAUGGCCAUGGGUGUAUUUUGUUAGUCUGAUCAUCCUUGGCUCAUUUUUCGUCCUUAACCUGGUUCUUGGUGUCCUUAGUGGAGAAUUCUCCAAGGAAAGAGAGAAGGCUAAAGCUCGUGGAGAUUUCCAGAAGCUUCGGGAAAAACAGCAGCUGGAAGAGGACCUCAAGGGCUACCUGGACUGGAUCACCCAGGCAGAAGACAUCGAUCCCGAGAACGAGGAGGAGGGUGGCGAGGAAGGCAAACGAAACACUAGCAUGCCCACCAGCGAGACUGAAUCUGUCAACACAGAGAACGUAAGUGGUGAAGGCGAGACCCAGGGAUGCUGUGGAACUCUCUGGUGCUGGUGGAAAAGAAGAGGCGCGGCCAAGACCGGGCCCUCUGGGUGUCGGCGGUGGGGUCAGGCCAUCUCGAAAUCCAAACUCAGCCGUCGAUGGCGUCGCUGGAACCGGUUCAAUCGCAGGAGGUGCAGGGCUGCCGUGAAGUCUGUCACGUUUUACUGGCUGGUGAUUGUCCUGGUGUUUCUCAACACUUUAACUAUUUCCUCUGAGCAUUACAAUCAGCCAGACUGGCUGACACAGAUUCAAGACAUCGCAAACAAAGUCCUCUUGGCUCUGUUCACCUGUGAGAUGCUGGUGAAGAUGUACAGCCUGGGCCUCCAGGCUUACUUUGUCUCCCUCUUCAACCGCUUCGAUUGCUUUGUGGUGUGUGGGGGCAUCACCGAAACCAUCCUGGUGGAACUGGAGCUCAUGUCUCCCCUGGGGGUCUCCGUGUUCCGGUGUGUGCGCCUCCUGAGAAUCUUCAAAGUGACCAGGCACUGGACCUCCCUGAGCAACUUGGUGGCAUCCUUGUUAAACUCCAUGAAGUCCAUCGCCUCUCUGCUGUUACUCCUCUUCCUCUUCAUCAUCAUCUUCUCCUUGCUGGGGAUGCAGUUGUUUGGUGGGAAGUUUAAUUUUGACGAGACUCAAACCAAGCGAAGCACCUUUGACAACUUUCCGCAAGCACUCCUGACGGUGUUCCAGAUCCUGACAGGUGAAGACUGGAAUGCGGUGAUGUAUGACGGCAUCAUGGCCUAUGGAGGCCCUUCCUCUUCCGGGAUGAUUGUCUGUAUCUACUUCAUCAUCCUUUUCAUCUGUGGUAACUAUAUCCUGCUGAAUGUCUUCUUGGCCAUCGCUGUGGACAAUUUGGCUGAUGCUGAAAGUCUGAACACUGCUCAGAAAGAGGAAGCUGAAGAAAAAGAAAGGAAAAAGAUUGCCAGAAAAGAAAGCCUAGAAAACAAAAAGAACAACAAACCAGAAGUCAACCAGAUAGCCAACAGUGACAACAAGGUUACAAUUGAUGAUUAUCAGGAAGAUGCUGAAGACAAGGACCCUUACCCGCCCUGUGAUGUGCCAGUAGGUGAAGAGGAAGAGGAGGAGGAAGAGGAUGAGCCCGAAGUUCCUGCUGGUCCCCGCCCUCGCAGAAUCUCAGAGUUGAACAUGAAGGAGAAGAUUGCGCCCAUCCCAGAAGGAAGCGCCUUCUUCAUUCUUAGCAAGACCAACCCGAUACGUGUGGGUUGCCACAAGCUCAUUAACCACCACAUCUUCACCAACCUUAUCCUGGUCUUCAUCAUGCUGAGCAGCGCUGCCCUGGCUGCAGAGGACCCCAUCCGUAGCCACUCAUUCCGCAACACGAUACUGGGCUACUUUGACUAUGCCUUCACAGCCAUCUUUACGGUUGAAAUCCUGUUAAAGAUGACAACUUUUGGAGCCUUCUUGCACAAAGGGGCUUUCUGCAGGAACUACUUCAAUUUGCUGGACAUGCUGGUUGUUGGGGUGUCGCUGGUGUCCUUUGGGAUUCAGUCCAGCGCCAUCUCCGUUGUGAAGAUUCUGAGGGUUUUGAGGGUCUUGCGGCCUCUCAGAGCAAUCAACAGAGCAAAGGGACUUAAGCACGUGGUCCAGUGUGUCUUUGUGGCCAUCCGAACCAUUGGCAACAUCAUGAUCGUCACGACCCUGCUCCAGUUCAUGUUUGCAUGCAUUGGGGUCCAGCUGUUCAAGGGGAAGUUCUACCGUUGCACAGAUGAAGCCAAAAGUAACCCUGAGGAGUGCAGGGGGCUUUUCAUUCUUUAUAAGGACGGCGAUGUUGACAGUCCUGUGGUCCGUGAGAGGAUCUGGCAAAAUAGUGAUUUCAAUUUUGACAAUGUCCUUUCGGCUAUGAUGGCGCUGUUCACAGUCUCAACUUUUGAGGGCUGGCCCGCGUUGCUGUACAAAGCUAUUGAUUCAAACGGUGAGAACGUUGGUCCUGUCUACAACUACCGUGUGGAGAUCUCCAUCUUCUUCAUCAUCUACAUCAUCAUCGUUGCCUUCUUCAUGAUGAACAUCUUUGUGGGCUUCGUCAUCGUCACCUUCCAGGAACAGGGAGAAAAAGAGUAUAAGAACUGUGAGCUGGACAAAAAUCAGCGUCAGUGUGUUGAAUAUGCCUUGAAAGCACGCCCCUUAAGGAGAUACAUCCCCAAAAACCCAUACCAGUACAAGUUCUGGUAUGUGGUGAACUCCUCGCCUUUCGAAUACAUGAUGUUCGUCCUCAUCAUGCUCAACACGCUCUGCCUGGCCAUGCAGCACUAUGAGCAGUCCAAGAUGUUCAAUGAUGCCAUGGACAUUCUGAACAUGGUCUUCACAGGGGUCUUCACUGUUGAGAUGGUUUUGAAAGUCAUUGCUUUCAAGCCCAAGGGGUAUUUUAGUGACGCCUGGAACACGUUUGACUCCCUCAUCGUAAUCGGCAGCAUUAUAGACGUGGCCCUCAGCGAAGCCGACCACUAUUUCACUGAUGCAUGGAACACUUUUGAUGCCUUAAUUGUUGUUGGUAGCGUCGUUGAUAUUGCUAUAACUGAAGUGAAUCCAUCUGAAAGUGAGACUAUCCCUCUCCCAACUGCCACACCUGGGAACUCUGAAGAGAGCAAUAGAAUCUCCAUCACCUUUUUCCGUCUUUUCCGAGUGAUGCGGUUGGUGAAACUUCUCAGCAGGGGGGAAGGCAUCCGGACACUGCUGUGGACCUUCAUCAAGUCCUUUCAGGCGCUGCCGUAUGUUGCCCUCCUCAUUGCCAUGCUCUUCUUCAUCUACGCUGUCAUAGGCAUGCAGAUGUUUGGGAAAGUUGCCAUGAGAGAUAACAACCAGAUCAAUAGGAACAACAACUUCCAGACCUUUCCUCAGGCAGUGCUCCUACUCUUCAGGUGUGCAACAGGGGAAGCCUGGCAGGAGAUCAUGCUUGCCUGCCUCCCAGGAAAGCUGUGCGACCCAGACUCCGAUUACAACCCAGGAGAGGAGUACACUUGUGGGAGCAACUUUGCCAUUGUCUACUUCAUCAGCUUUUACAUGCUCUGUGCAUUCCUGAUCAUCAACCUCUUUGUGGCUGUCAUCAUGGACAAUUUUGACUAUCUGACUCGGGACUGGUCUAUUCUGGGGCCUCACCACUUGGACGAAUUCAAAAGAAUAUGGUCAGAAUAUGACCCUGAAGCAAAGGGAAGGAUAAAACACCUUGAUGUGGUCACUCUGCUCCGGCGGAUCCAGCCUCCCCUGGGGUUUGGAAAAUUAUGCCCACACCGAGUAGCAUGUAAGAGAUUGGUUGCCAUGAACAUGCCUCUCAACAGUGAUGGGACAGUCAUGUUCAAUGCAACCCUGUUUGCUUUGGUCCGGACAGCUCUCAAGAUCAAGACUGAAGGGAACCUGGAGCAAGCUAAUGAAGAACUCCGAGCUGUGAUCAAGAAAAUCUGGAAGAAGACAAGCAUGAAGCUGCUUGACCAAGUUGUCCCUCCAGCUGGUGGAAAUUCAAGAAACGGAAAGAGCAAGGACUGGUGGGGAAGUACCCUGCGAAGAACACCACGAUUGCCCUACAGAUGCUUGAACGGAUGCUUUAGAGUUCUCUGCCUGAGCUACCGCACCAAGCUGGUUAGUCCGAAGGCGCUUGUGGCUAAGGCCUUGAAAGGGCAAACUCCCACUCGGGCUUAUUUCUGCUGACGCAGCAGCAUUUCAGGAGAAAUGCAGGCACCACAGCCCUGGGGAGACCCCUUCCGAGCAAGGCACUCCUCCGGAAGGAAGGCAGAAGCCGGGCUGUGGCUCAUCUGUGGAGCCAUGGCUGCCUGUGGCGGACACUGCUCAUGGCGGCUCCUUUUCAUGAAAGGGAACCUACGAAUUAUGGUUUUCCCUUCCAAGCCAGAGACUCAGUGAAAGGGGGUGGGGGGUGGGGAGAGAGAGAGAGUGAGAGAGAGAGAGAGAGAGAGAGAGAGAGAGCACGUGAGCGCGCAAAGGGGCAGAUGCCCCAUGAGAAAUGAAAUGAACACAACUUGCUGACAAUGGCCAGUAAAAAAUAAUAAAUAAAUAAAUAAAUAAAAUGUUUUAUAUAUAUACAUAUAUAUGUGUAUGUAUAUAUAUAGAUAGAUAUACAUGAUUAAGCAGACCUGCGUAAGGCAGGCAACUGACUCCGCCCCAAAGUCCUGCAUCCCUAGUUUGCCCGAACUCCCAAAGACUGGCAGGCUGGUUGGAACUGAGCAGACAGAGUUCCUUUUCUGUGACAGCGCGUCACGGCCUCCUGACCACCCGCCCUGCUUGCUGCAGUGACCCAGUCCAGAAUGCACUAAUAAGUGGAAGGCCAGGAAACUCAGACACCCAUUGAAACUAACACACACACCUGCAUGCCAAAACCAACCAGGCAACAGCUCAGGUUCCAUCUUACCGUGUCUUCGGGAAAUGCCACCACACCCAAACCUCAUCUAACAUUGUUCGUCUUUAGCUCGCACUCAGAGCCAGUCUGGGACGCCUCUUUGGAAGCAGUAUGGUCUAGUUUCAAGGACACUGGGAGUCAGGGAACCUGGGUUCUAGUCCCAGCUCCAGCAUUCACUUGCUGCGUGACCUUGGGCAAGACACUUAACCUCUCUGUGCCUCAGUUUCCCCAACUGUAAAAUGGGGGUAAUAAUGUCGACCUACCUCACAGGGCUGUUGUGAGGAUAGCUAAGUGAUUGUAGAGCUCCUUGAACGUAUAUUUGCUUAUUAUUAAGACUACAACAAUAAUAAUAUCAUAUGCCUGUUUACUACCAGAACUUCAAGAAAUUCUUGGUUUGGUUUGAUCUCUUUUCUGUUCUGUACUGUAGUUAUCCAUUGAGAGUUCUCUCUAUUUUUAAGACCCUAGGCGAUGCAUAAGGAUGCAAACAGGUAACCUGUCAGGUCGCAUUUUCAAGUAGCAACAAUAGUAGAUUUUUGACCAAAAUGUUGGUUGAUGAGGGAUUUGCUAUCAAAUUCUAAACUCCUUCCCAGAGGGGGGUCAAGUCUGUACCUCUGAUAUUAGUCUGAGAUGCCCAAAAUAGCCAAGAAAGGAGAGCCAGUGUUCAAAGAUCAAUGGUUAUGGGGGGGGGGGGACUCUAAAAAAAGAAGAGAAGGAAAAGGAAAAGGAGAGGAAGAAGAAGGGCUUCCAAUUCAUUGAUCUCCUUUUGUUGGCUUGGAGAUCGUAGCAGGGUGUGUAUGCAUGUGCAUGACUGUGUGAGCGUGUGUGAGUGUGUGUGUGUCUGUGUGUGUGUGUGUGUGUGUGUGUGCUUGAGUGUGCGUGUGUGCGUGUGUGUGUGUGUGUGUGUGUGUGUGUGUUACAUUAGUGGAUGGAAUGAGUUGGUAGGGUAGAGAAUGAGGUGAGGUGAGUUGAAAGACAAGGAAGAGAGAGCCAGGACUCUGUGUGGUCCUACUCUGGCAGAAAGAAGUGUUCCUCCAAGCAUCUCUGGGGUGCAGCUACCCUGAAGGCCAGGCUGAGGUGGUGGGGCACCCCCCCACCCCCAGUGGGCAGGAUGCUCCUUUAGACCUCUCCCAGGGAAGCCUAGAAGGGCUUUCUUAGUGACACCUUGUAGCUAUGACAUUUGCCCCGACCACAGGGCUUCCCUGCCUCGUGGCUUCACUUUCCUACACAAUGGUGGACCUCCUGGGCUCGCUAUGGAAACAAACCCAGCUUUGGCUCAUGCACAGGUGACAGUGAGAUAAGGAGCUCAUAUGGGUUUUAUUCAUUCUCACGGCUUGAAGCCCCCAUGGUUGAUGGUGUGGGAAUGGGUGGGAACCAAGCCUUACAUCAUCCUGGGUGGCCUGUCCCCUUGGAAGAGAGCAAAGCCCACCCAUGUCUGAUCUUAAUGCUGUACCCAUAGCUGUUGCCUCUAGCAUCCAAAUCUCUCAGCCAGAAGCCUGCCCUUCCGCCCCAUUUCUCCAUGUUUUAGCAAUCACUGGGCUAACUCUUAUCCCGGCAGGCCUCUGAGAUUACCUCAGAGAUGAUGGGCAGUACCUGGGUAAGCCACUGUAUCAGAAUCGACAGAGAACUGAUACAUCACCCUGAGAGGGCGAAUGGUUAGCCUUACAGACAUGGAUUUAAAUAAAUAAAUAAAUAAAUAAAUAAAUAAAUAAAUAAAUAAAUAAAAGGACUGUCUCUUAGCCAAGAAGCUUCCCUGCCCCCACCUUCCCUACCCCGGCCUUGAUAUCACUUCUGUUUCUAGACCUCGUGUAGUUCUAAUGGGUAGGGCUGUACAGGCCUUUCUCCAUGUAUCACCUAAACCUAUAGACGUUGGAAAAUGUUAACUUGCUUACAAGCCUGAUUUAAGGGAUCCCUACAAUCCCUUGGGCCUGGCUGUGUUGCAGCCAAGGCUACUUUAGGGAAGACAGCCAAGCAUCAGAGAGGACUUCCCCCAGCUUUCACACACCGGGGGAAAUUUCCUCAGAGCUCUGGCAGAAGAACAAGCCUGUGGCAGAGAGGAAGAUGGAAGAAACUAGUUGGGUUUCACGUUUAAAAUCUUCAACGAUGGGUACAGCAAACCCGGUACCCAGCAUCUGAAUCUGCGGUGCUAAACUUUUAGCUCCUGGGUCAAAUGUGACAGAGACCAGCAUCCAUCUGUCACAGGGAAGCCACAGUAGGGUGGGAAGUAGAUUCUUAUCAGAAUCGAAGGUCAUGGUAUGACCCAAUUCAGAAUUAGUCCACGGGAUGACCGGACCGGCUUUCUGAAGAAGGGAGGUUGGUCUGUACUGAGAGGAGUCAUUUUUAUGUCCCAAAGUCCUUAAUGAAAAAGUUAGCGCAAGUAAUGUCAUAGCCGCAGACUCUUAUGGUCGCAUGUUCUUUACUAAUAUUCACCCAGUGUCCCUCAAUUGCCUAUCAUAGCACGGCUCCAUUAUCUAUAGGAAAGGGCUUGGUAAGUAAAGCUUAGGGUUCCCAGGUGAGUGGAUACCUGGGUGACCUUACUCUCCUUGGUUAGGUCUUAGGCCUGAGAAAGUUGACUCUGGGACAGUAAGGAGACCAUUCAUGAUGCAGUGUUGAGGUCAAGAAGCCAUGCUAGAGCAUGCCCACCAUACUGGAACUUGAGAGGAAGAGGCAAAGGCUAGCUCAGAGAAGCCACAUGGUGGACAGAGGUGGAGACAUGUAGGAGGGUCAGAAGAGCUGAGCAUUAACAGGAGACCACAGCUGUGCUGCUGGGUAGGGGACAGAUUGGUUGGCAGUUCUCAAACAUUUCAAUCCUAGGGACUUUCCUAGUCUUAAAGUUUAUCAAGAGCCCUUAUAUAUCAAUAUUUACUGUCUUAUAACUCAAAGCUGAUUAAUUUUAUAAACACAAGAAUAUGUAAGCACAAAGAGGCCAGGGGGUGGUGACAACCCUGUCAUUCGGCCUUGGAAACCUUGCUGCACACUCAGAGAGUGAGAAUAUACAAGGCCAAGGACAUCCACUCUUACACGACCCCCAGGGACCCCUGAAGGAGUCCCAGGAUGCCUUGAGGUCCAUGAACCACAUCUUGAAACAUCACUCUGGGGAGAUGACCCAAAGUUCCCCCUUAAAGGCAGAAGAUGUUGGAGCCUCAUAGUUUCCAUCUGUGCCCAGGAGGCUCCCAUGUAGCUGGAGCACUCCUUGGUGGGCUGCUUCUGCUCCUCCUCAGCCUGUGCAGCCCACACACCUUCCUAAUUGAGGCCAAGGGUCAGGUGGUGUGGACUUCACUGCCUGUGGUGACCUGGAAGAGCAAUGGUUAGAGUCAGUGAGUGUUAGAAAUGUGUUUGAAUCUCUACCACCUCUGCAUAGCACAGGUGAGAAUCAGGGUGUGUGUGUAACGAUUAGGAACCAUUCAUCACGCCUAUGUUUGGGGGUGAUGUAAUGGUGAGAGUGAGGGUGUGUGCGGUGCUGCCGGAGCAUUCGUCAAGUCCACGCAGUGGAGGUGAUAUAAUUGCUUGCCUACGUUAGAAGGAUAACCUUGAAUGAAUGUGUGCUUGAGACUUGGUUACCACCCUCUCCCUGCAGAUUGGGAAAAACAAGGCUUCUAGCUGAGGUUUUAACUAGUUCUGGAAUAUAAUGUAACCUAUUACAUAUCGUCUUGGCUCAUCCCUCCUCAGUAUGUAGGCUCAAAAUGACAGGAAUAUGAUUCUGCCAAAGGAGCCUAAAAUUUUGGAGUCUGAAUUUUAUAUAAUGCUGUCUGCAUUUUUAGGAACUGUUCAAAAACGUCUCUGAUUCUGAUGUUAAACCAGGAAUCAGAGUGGAAUAAGAUGGAAGGGUUGGUAGUGUGGCCCAGUGGUCCGUGCUUAGCAUGCCUGAGGCCCUGGUUUAGUCCCCACCAAAAUAAUGUGGAACUGCAAGUGGCCUCUCUGUUCUUUGCAGUCAUAGGUUGCUUAGAUAGCGCUAUUAAAUAACCCCUUUAGCUUUCAGAAUGUGGUGGCACAUAUGAUUUGUACAGCCCAGCGCUGGCCCUCAGUAACUCAUGGUCUGAUGACUCGUCAAGGAGAGGAGGGCUCGCUGUACAUGAGUAAUGGAGUGUCAUAGCCAUGAUUCUAACCCUUUAUAUCUAACACGAGAACUGUUCACAAUGGAUAACAAAGGCCACACCAUGACAUUUCUCCUGGAGGAAGGCAGUGGUAGAAUAAGGGGUGUGCCCAUGUGCAGAGGAGGCGGGGGACGGCACAUAGACAAGCCUGUUCAUUCUUUCAGGAUUUAAUCUCCCAUCUUCUAACAGCUAGUCUAAAACUGUUCUUUGUAAUUGAGUGUGGGCCAAGUCCUGCCCCUCCCCCCUAAAAUUAACCAGAACUUGUCAAUAGUGAGGUGACUGCAUAGAGCCAGCUUUGGUUAAAUGAGGCGUGUCUGGGUUGAGGAGCAGGCUGUGCCACGGUAACGUUCUUUGGCAGGAGUCUGAAGCCCUGGCACCCACUCCGUGAAGAUGGAGGGUCUCUCCCAGGGCCGCCUGGAGACUUGCCUCUCUGUCCUCCACUGCUACAGCGUAGGUCUGGGGUGGGUCUCUGGGUGUUUGUGUAUGCAUGCUGUGGAGUGAGAGUUGGCAGAUGGCUGGCCUGACACAGGGAGCUAGUCUGGGGAAGCAGGCAGCAAAUGCUUUUCAAAUGCAUCCAGACAGACAGCACCCCACCCUGAGGGUGAGCCAGGAAGGGAAAUGGGCAUUUCUGCUCCACAGCAGAGCGUCACUUUAUGCUGUUGCUUCAGAGAUGUUGAGAGAGAAUAUAUUUUUGGUGACUUAAUCAUUAAGUAGAGUAAAUAUCUAUAAAAUUCCAAUUAAAUGGUGUCUAAAACUUAAAGGAGCAGUCUACAGGCAAAAUGCCAACAUUUCUUUUUUUAAACAAAUAUUUAUGAUAACAGCUAGCAUUUUAAAGUCAACCAGAAACUAGGCUUAAUCCUGUUUAAUAUUUUGUAAGAUUGGACAUCUUAAAACAAGUCAAUAAUGUUUAUAUUUUAUAGCAAUUCUGUGUUUAUUCAAAACUAUAACUCUACUGUGAUGUUAAUGGAAUGACUUUAUAUGGCUAUGUGUGGAUUAAGUGCUAAUGACCACAUUUCAAAUUAAAACAAUAUUUUUGCUGAUAGAGAUAGAUAUAUAAAAUAUGAAAGACUAGAAAAUUUUACUGACUGUAAUGUUUUCUUCAAGAAAAAUACUUUUUUUUUUUAGUGUUGUAAGUAAUUUCUCUGAGGGUUUAAGAUAGUUGUCUGUAUUCUGGAACACUGGAUUCUGUGCCUCUGGGGGUUUGGAACAGCCUAAGCUACCUUUUAGCUUGAUAUGUGUGCUAGAAUAAUUUUCAUUCUCGUGUUUUGUGAUAUGUAAUAAAUUCAGGGUGCUGUGCUUAUGCUCCAUUUCAAUUCUAGCUGGGAACCUGUGUGUCGGUCCCCUGCCCCCAGGUCCCACGCAAGAGAGCGAGUCAGCCCCACUCUUACCAGGUGCGCUUUGCGAACUAGGAUCAUGAGUUCAAAACCCUCUGCUUUCACAUCUGGGAAGAGUGUUGCCUUCUCUCCUCCUGUCUCUUUAAUAAAUAUGUUGUCAUUAUCUGUUUGGGGAAGUGGUACCCCAAGCCACCUGUCAACCCUCUCCAUGAUUUAUGUUGCAAACGAACCUUCUGUCCUGUCUGUUUACUCCCCAUUCCUGUCAACGAAAUCCUAAUCUCGUGUAACUCUGAAGGUGUGCUGGAGACAGUUUCUGUUUUCAUUAUGCAACUGUUACAUGUGUAUUUCAGUGAAAUGUCAACUCAUCAACGAAGGAUGAUGUUAAAAAUUAUCCAAAUAAAUAGUUUUCUAUUUCUUUUAAUGAUACCUAGUCCAGUCAGUUAAAUGAGAGCAAGACUGUUAUUUAAACUGGCAAAUGUUCCUGGCCCUAUGUCUUGAGAAUCCAUCUGCGUUGAUGUGCACAGUGUACCUGGGAGUGUCAAAGAGAAUGAAUAUAACCCAUGUUUAUUUUAUGGAAACAGAAGCAGGGGUUUCAAGCAUUGUGUCUUAUCCGAAUCUCAAAUACGUAAUAGACCUCUCUCGAAAAGUCAGACAAGGGACUCUCACCACUCUUCUUGUGUCUUGAGAAUUGCACUCUAGAGACUGAAUGAGUGGGUAUGUAUGGCCGUACUCCACAUGCCCGCAGCUGAACUGAGUAAGACCUUCUACCAACACACCCCUGGAGCUGCCUUCAUGGUAUUUCUGAGGAAUAGAGGUGGGCCUGUUGCAGACCUAGAAAAUGUGCUGGACAUAAGAAUCUGAGAGAGAGAGAGAGAGAGAGAGAGAGAGAGAGAGAGAGAGAGAGAGA